AUGGCUCCGGCCUUGAUUGUUGAUCUUACCUCUGAGAUCACCACCAGACGUCCGCAUCUCCCACCAGACACCGCUGCUCACGACACUAGGCGAGAGCGUGAAUGGAGCUCUGCGUCAUCAUGUACUCUUGAUAUCGAGAUUUCUGACUCUGACGAGGAUACAUCCUACAGCCCUCCAUUUUUGGAUUUGACAGCCGACUUGUCAGAGUCCAAUGUCCCACCAAUAGAGCCAUUUCUGAGUCAGGUCGUGUGCAGGACAGGCCCGAUACAAAUCGACGACUUGAUUAAAAUACGUCGGCAAACUAUAGGAUCUUUGGAAAUUGACUUUCUUCUCGUCACCUCCUUCAUCGUUGAAUCGACGGGGGAGACAACCAUCUACGGCAUGCCCUUGAUUCGUUGCCCAAAGGCGCUGGGAAGACUUGUGCAAGACUUUUAUGAGCUAUGCUUAGUGCACCGUUUUGAGAGGCGAGGUACCGGGUCUUGGGGUGAUUAUACACCCUUAAGUGUGCGUCCAGAGGAUGUUAUACAAAAACGGAAUAUCACCUUUACAAACAGAUCGUAUACUACGCCCCCUAACGUUUCUCGAACCGGGGACGGUCAGUUGACCUGCCGCUGGAAACUAGAGUGCUACUAUAAUUCAACAGCCAAUACAACGAAACCAACAGAAGAAGCUUUCAAACGACUCUCUUCAAAUGACGACCUACCACAUGGUAACUGGGUUGACUCGGCCACGCUUAAGAAUAACUGGCGUGGAUCCUCUAUAACAGAACGAUUCCAAUCAUCCAACAUUAAGGCGGGGCCAGGAAAUCACCGACGACAAUAUACAUUCUUUGAUGCCUUUGCUGGAGCUGGAGGAGUUUCCAGAGGCGCACAGAAUGCCGGGUUCAAGGUGAGAUACGCUGUGGACAAGGCAACGGACGUAUAG